AUGGCUUUGAAGCGCAUUAACAAGGAACUCAUCGACCUCGGACGUGACCCGCCUUCCUCUUGCUCUGCCGGCCCCAUCAACGAAAACCUCUUCCAAUGGCAGGCCACUAUCAUGGGUCCCGCUGACUCUCCCUACUCUGGAGGUGUCUUCUUCCUCUCUCUCACCUUCCCUACCGACUACCCCUUCAAGCCUCCUAAGGUGCAAUUCACCACCAAAAUCUACCACCCCAACAUCAACGCCAACGGUUCCAUCUGUUUGGACAUCUUGCGAGACCAAUGGAGUCCGGCCUUGACCAUCUCAAAGGUGUUGCUGUCUAUCUGCUCAAUGUUGACUGACCCCAACCCUGACGACCCCUUGGUUCCCGAGAUCGCCAACACCUACAAGACUGACAGGCCACGAUAUGAAGCCACAGCGAGGGAGUGGACAAGGAAAUACGCUACAUAA